AUGAACGAUACCACAUCAGAUUCGGAGGAAGAGAUUUUGGUUUACGCAGAGUUUAAAGAUAGUGUAAAUAUCGAAAAAUAUAAAAGCAUUCACAUUUUGGGCAUUGAUGGGAAAACCCCUAUAGUACAGUUGGAUGAUACGUUUUUUACAGGUAAAUUUGAGAAUCCAUUAGGAACAUACUUGUUUUUUGAAGAAGACCCCUCCCCACAUUGUGCGGAUCCCUUAUUUGAUAAAUUACCAGAAAGGAAUUUAAAAUACCUUCACAAAACAACAAAGCUCUUGUGUAUGGAGCAUGCAUACGUAGCUCCAAAAGAAGGCUCAGAGGAAAGCAUACAAAGUCAACUGCAGCAACCACAUCAAGAUGAUGACAUAAAGCCAGUAACCUUUAACACCUUACAGAAAGCUUUAGAAACUUUCAAAAAAGAUUGGGAAGAAAAUGGUGAAAAUAAUUUAAAGCCAGCAGUUACUCCAUAA